GGGACCCGAGAUCCUCGGCGCCGGAGUGAGGGGCAGGGCGCACCGGGCAGGGCGCGCGGGGCUGGGCGCACCGCGCGGCCGCCACCCCACCAUGCUCAAGCGCUGCGGCCGCCGCCUGCUGCUGGCGCUGGCGGGCGCGCUGCUCGCCUGCCUGCUGGUGCUCACCGCCGACCCGCCGCCGCCCCCGGUGCCCGCUGAGCGCGGUCGGCGCGCGCUGCGCAGCCUGGCGGGCCCCUCGGGGGUGGCCCCAGCUCCUGGGCUGGAGGCGGCGGCGGCACCCGGGGCGCUAGUCCGCGAGGUGCACAGUCUGUCCGAGUACUUCAGCCUGCUGACCCGCUCUCGUAGAGACGCGGGCCCACCGCCCGGCAGCGUCCCCCGCCCCGCAGACGGCCAUCCGCGGCCCCCGGCCGAGCCACUCACGCCGCACGACGUCUUCAUCGCGGUCAAGACCACCAAAAAGUUUCACCGCGCGCGCCUCGACUUGCUGCUGGAGACGUGGAUCUCGCGCCACAAGGAGAUGACGUACAUUUUCACGGACGGGGAAGAUGAAGCCCUGGCCAGGCGCACGGGCAACGUGGUCAAUACCAACUGCUCGGCUGCCCACAGCCGCCAGGCGCUGUCCUGCAAGAUGGCCGUGGAGUAUGACCGCUUCAUCGAAUCGGGGAGGAAGUGGUUCUGCCACGUGGACGACGACAACUACGUGAACGUGCGGGCCUUGCUGCGGCUGCUGGCCAGCUACCCGCACACGCAGGACAUCUACCUCGGCAAGCCCAGCCUGGACAGGCCCAUCCAGGCCACGGAGAGGGUCAGCGAGAGCAAGGUGCGUCCCGUCCACUUCUGGUUUGCCACCGGCGGGGCUGGCUUCUGCAUCAGCCGAGGGCUGGCCCUGAAGAUGAGCCCUUGGGCCAGCGGAGGCCACUUCAUGAGCACGGCCGAGCGGAUCCGGCUGCCGGACGACUGCGCCAUCGGCUACAUCGUGGAGGCUCUGCUGGGCGUGCCCCUUGUCCGCAGCGGGCUCUUCCACUCCCACCUGGAGAACCUGCAGCAGGUCCCCACCUCCGAGCUCCAUGAGCAGGUGACCUUGAGCUACGGCAUGUUUGAAAACAAGCGGAAUGCUGUCCACAUUAAGGGGCCCUUCUCAGUGGAGGCCGACCCAUCCAGGUUCCGCUCCAUCCACUGCCACCUGUACCCGGACACACCCUGGUGUCCCCACACUGCCAUCUUCUAGCAGCUACGGCUGAAACCCUGUCCCCGGGCACCCCUGGUAUCCAAAGGGCCCGGGGACCCCUGUUGUGCCGCCCUGGCCUCGGCAUUCGAGGCUCCCCCAGGGCUGUGCGUGUGUGUACUGUGUGCCCAUCCGUGUAGCAGACUGCUGGGCAGCUCUGAUCUGCCGAGGAGCAGGCACGGCACCGCCCGUCUGUCUUUCCGUGCUCCACCCCAGAAGGAUUUGUAAGUCAGAGGUCACUCUGAGGGCCGGUUUAUUAUUAUUCUGGGGUCUUUGGGCAGCAUGGGGGCCAGAGGCUGCUCUGCAGCGACGUGCAGGUGCCUUUCCCUUCCCGCUGAGCGCAGGCCCAGCGCUGCGGGCGCCUGCCCCCUGGGAUCCUGGCUCCUCCUCAGAGCCCCCAGGACAACUCACCAUGCUCAGUGCUGCGAGGAAGCUGGGUUUGGGGGGUGUGGCCCGAGUCCCCUCCUCCCACUGAGCUCUGGCCUGGGUACCUGGGUGCCGUGGCUCCAAGUAACAGCAGCCCCCGUGGCCUUGCCGCUGGGUGACGUGCAGCGCCGCCCCGGGCACGGGUCUUCCCCGCUCUCUUGGCCAUCUUCCCUUUGUGACGGGGAGUCAGCUGAGGCUCUUAUCUCCUCUCCGAAGUAGAGAGAAUGUCGCCCAUAGUGGGUGUGUCUGUAAAUAUUGUGACAGUAUUUUUUACUGUGCUUGUUUUUCGAAAGGGGGUGGGUACAAAGUAGGGUGUUUUUGUCUGUGUUUUCGGGGGGUUGGGGAGGGUGCUAUUUUAUCUUUUCUGUGGAUCAGAAAAAGCAGAAGCCAAACUUGGGAUAAUCUUUGUUGUUAAAGCUGAUGGAAAUGUCUAACACUCUGUGUAUUUAUAUGUCGUGGUAUCUGGCCUCUCCCUGCCCACCUCCUGCAUAGAACCUGUCUCCUACCAGCCCAGCUUGGCGCACCUGACCAGUGAGGUGUGUUUUGUCUUCUGUUUUUCCUUCUGCAAAGACAUAGCUAGGAAAGUGAAUGAUAAGGGAAAAGUUCUCAGGGAAUUGAAGUGUGUUGCUAUGGUGACGUCCUUUGCUGCGAAUAAAGAUGCUCUUUGGGGCAACCUGGGCA